GUCUAUGACUAUUAUGGCCGCUCAUAUUGCGUGUGUUGCGCGGUAUUGCGUGAUCCGAGUGUUGACUUCGGUUUUAUUAUGGCAAAAGGUGAUAAAGAAUUAGAAAAACCUAUUGUGAACAAUGAAUUACCUAAUCCAGAAUGUAGAAGUGUCGAUAACGAGGACUCGGAGUCCGCGCAGGAGCAGCCUUUGGACAUAGGAGAGCAUUAUUUGGUGCGUCGGUCGGAUGAGUCAUGGCACCCGGCUGAGAUUAUACAGACGCGGUACAAUGCGGCGGAGUCUAACUUCGAGUACUAUGUACACUAUGUGGGCUACGAUAGAAGGCUCGACGAGUGGGUUUCCCGCCAUCGGGUCAUGUCGGACAGAUUUGACGUGUGCGAACAGUCCAAUAACAACAUAAACUCUGACCACUUGCUCGAUAAGUCCGGCCGCAAGAUAACGCGGAAUCAGAAACGUAAACAUGACGAGAUCAACCACGUUCAGAAGACGUACGCGGAGAUGGAUCCGACCACUGCGGCGCUGGAGAAAGAACACGAAGCGAUAACAAAAGUCAAGUAUAUUGAUAGGAUUCAAAUUGGUAAAUACGAGAUCGAUACUUGGUAUUUCAGCCCUUACCCUGAUGAAUAUGGCAAACAAUCGAAGCUUUGGAUAUGUGAAUAUUGUUUAAAAUACAUGCGAAUGGAAAAAACAUACAGGUAUCAUUUGAGUGAAUGUACAGCAAGACAACCACAGGGCAAUGAAAUAUACAGGAAAGGCACAAUAGCUAUAUUCGAAGCAGACGGUAAGGAACAUAAAAUAUACUGUCAGAACUUGUGUCUGCUAGCAAAGUUGUUUCUAGAUCAUAAAACAUUGUACUUUGACAUAGAACAAUUUAUGUUUUAUAUUCUAUGUGAAGUUGACAAACACGGAGCACAUCUUGUUGGUUAUUUUUCAAAGGAGAAAGAGUCUCCUGAAGGAAAUAAUGUUGCAUGUAUAUUGACCCUACCACCAUACCAGAGACAAGGAUAUGGUAAACUCCUUAUAGCCUUCAGUUAUGAACUGUCUAGGUUAGAACAGGUUGUGGGAAGCCCAGAAAAGCCAUUAUCAGACCUCGGGAAACUGAGCUACAGAUCAUACUGGUCUUAUGUCUUGCUUGAAGUGUUAAGUGCUAGUCGUGGUACACUCAGCAUCAAAGAUUUGAGUCAAAUGACAGGUAUAUCCCAGACAGACAUAAUAUCAACACUUCAGUCUAUGAAUAUGGUGAAGUACUGGAAAGGACAGCAUGUUAUUUGUGUUACUCCAAAAAUUGUAGCAGAGCAGCUAGCCAGUUCUCACUUCAAGAAGCCUCGGUUGACUGUAGAUCCAUCCGCCUUAAGGUGGACUCCCCCGAACAAGCAAGGCCAUGCAGCUAAAGCCAAAAAGUAGUACAGGCAUACAGGCACUGCUUAGAGAAUGUAUACAAUAGUCAUAACCAAAGGACUUUCUCUAGGUGCAGGCCUGUUUACAAUUAUCUAGUGUUUUAAACUACAGUGCAUUAGAUCAGAAUUAGAGUAUUACAAAAAUAAGGGACACUCUUCAGUUGUAAGUAUUAUGAUACAGUUUUACACUGCAUUUGUCGAAGGAUAAUGAAGUUUAGUCUUUAAAAAGAAAUCAAACCAGUGGAGUAAUUGACAUGAUUGCUAUUUAAUGUUAAUCUAAUCAUUUCCAAUGGAGUUAAUUAUUUAAGUUGAUAGAUACUAAGCGAGCAAAUGUAAAAAAUACAAAAAAAUAAUAAUGUUAAAAAUUAGCUUAUUAGUUAAAAAAUCACAGAUAUUUUUUGCAGUUGAAAUGCUAAACUUAUACACUGUAUAAAUUGUGUAAUUAUUCAAUACAAGAUUAUGAAUCAAUAUUGCCUCAUCAAAUAAAGUUGAAUAUUGUAUUGAUUGACUAUCUGGAGUAUGUUAUUAAUAUUGCAUAGAGCUUUAUAGUUAAUCAGCAACAGUGUAAUAAUAAUGAUGGAAUUUAUUUUUUCAAUAACACCAUUUAGGUAUUUGUUUUCAUUAGGUAGUUUAAAACUUAGAUCUGUUAAAUACUUUAUCAGUUCCUUUUUCAUACUGGUUAUAGUGAUACUAAUUUUAAGUUCAAAAUUAAGUUGAUUUGAUUGAGAAAACACAGUUUUCUUUUUGUUUUAACAUAGGUACCUAAUUUAGUUAAUGGUAUCAUUUAGUUCUAAGUAUAAACCACUUCAAAUAGAGUAUUUGUCAUGCUCAGUAUCAAUUUACGGAAAUUUGUAUUAAAUUAUAUUGUUUACUAUUUUCAUAAACCUCUUGAGUCCAGAUUUCACAUAAUGUGUUGCCAUACAAGAGGUGCAGCAUUAGUAGGUAGGUAUGUUUGUGUAUAAAUGAAACAUUGCUAUAAAGCCAUUGAGUAGAUGCAUCUUAAUUUGUAAACCUCUAUUAUUAUUUUUUUUAAAUCAAAAGUUGUAGAAUCUUUCCAAGUAAAAUAGACUUUAGUUUUGAUGGUUAUGCUACAUUAUGGACAGGUGUCUUGGAGGUGAAUGACAUGACAAAUACCCUCAAAAUAAAUGUCUCCCACUAUAUUGCAUCACUGAGGUGAACACACUCUUGUGAAAACAAAGUUAUUUUUAAAAUAUGUGUACUGAACAACUUUAGUGUAGCCUAGUUUUAUUUAGGUUAGUUCGUUUUUUUAAAUAAUUUUGUAGAGUGGCGAUCGAUAGCCGAUGAUUUCACUUCGUUUAACUGUUGUAGAAUACUUAUUACUUUUUAAGAGAUUUCGUACAAAAACAAAGUUUCUUUCUAAGGAUAACGUACGUAUAUACAGCAAAAUAAUCGAUUUAACUAACGUGCAUUUUGUUUACAAGUUGCUUUGAAGAGUAGUUUAGAAUAGUAACUUAUUCUUUUAGUCCCGUAGUAGAGACAAGCUUUUCUAAUAACCUUGGUUCAUCGGUUGUCGAGAGCAAUCUAAGUUUUAAAAUAUAAGUUUUUCUGAAUUAAUUGCAAUGUGUUCGAGUCUUAAGUUAUUAACAAUUUGCCACCUUGUUUCCGUGUCAAGUUGCUAUUAUGCAAAGAUCUUCCCAUUGCUCAGUUGAUUAGAUUCUGUGAAUCGCCAGUUUUCACUGUUUAUUUGUGAUAAUUCUGUAAUUUUAAGUGAAAGUGUCGAAGUUCUAAAUUAAAAAAAUACAAAUAAAAGAAAACAAGAGAAAA